AUGAGUAACCGCCACCCCCAUCACCACCACAGGAGUAACCACCACAGGAGUAACCACCACCCCCAUCACCACCACAGGAGUAACUGCCACCCCCAUCACAACCACAGGAGUAACCACUACAGGAUUAACCACCACAGGAGUAACUGCCACAGGAGUAAGCCACAGGAGAGUAACCGCCACAGGAGUAACCACCACCCCCAUCACCACCACAGGAGUAACCACCACAAGAGUAACCGACACCCCCAUCACCACCACAGGAGUAACCACCACAGGAGUAACCACCACCCCCAUCAUCACCACAAGAGUAACCACCACCCCCAUCACCACCACAGGAGUAACCGCCACCCCCAUCAUUACCACAGGAGUAACCACCACCCCAUCACCACCACAGGAGUAACUGCCACCCACAUCACCACCACAGGAGUAACCACCACCACCAUCACCACCACAGGAGUAACCACCACAGGAGUAACCACCACCCCCAUCACCACCACACGAGUAAUCGCCACCCCCAUCACCACCACACGAGUAACCGCCACCCCCAUCACCACCACAGGAGUAACCACCACAGGAGUAACCACCACCCCCAUCGCCGCCACAGGAGUAACCACCACCCCCAUCACCAUCACAGGAGUAACCACCACCGGAGUAACCACCACCCCCAUCAUCACCACAAGAGUAACCACCACCCCCAUCACCACCACAGGAGUAACCACCACCCCCAUCACCACCACAGGAGUAACCGCCAGCCCAUCACCACCACAGGAGUAA